AUGAGUUAUAACAACCAGAGGCCAAAAUAUCAUCAAAACUACCACAACAAUAACAAUCCAAACAAUCAGAACAGACCUAGGAAUAAUUUUAACAGGUCUCAAUCAACAGUGGUUAGACCACAGCAGCCACAAACUCCAGUUCAAGAUAUUCAAGACUGCAAAGACGAAAUUCCAUCAUUCCAUGCAGAUGAUUACGCUGGAUUCAAAGACGUGCUCUUAUCAGCUUCACUUCCUGGCACUUAUCAGCCAAAUCCAGAUAAUAAUUAUCAGAAAAUGAUCGAACAGUCACUUAAAUAUAAUGAAAAGGUGCUUGAAUCUUUACUAAAUGCUGCACGUGCUCUUUCAGAUGUAAAUGAAUCAAUUGCUCAACCUCCUUCCCUUUCUUCAAAUUAUCUUGAUAUUGAGCGAGCAACUGCAGACUUUGAUGUUGCUGCAAACGCUGUACAGAUGCUUUCCAAUCCGAUCCAUCAGAUUGUUAAUACAGACGUUUAA